GUAUUGUGCAUGAAGGGGGUGGCCAGUUGCUGGUAGAUAUUUCUGUGCCUGAACCCCUCACCCCUACCUCGCCCCAGACCACUCCUGUGACAGUGGGGAGAGUGUGUGCAGCAGGCACCUUCAAUCAGCCCCCCAAAAUAGCACAGGCGGAGGGAUCCACGCCACUGUCAGUUUCCCGACUGUCUUGUCCAGCCCAACCCAUUCCUGUCCUCAGCAGCCCACAAAAAGAGAAGAGAGGAGCCAGGAUAAGACCACUGUUGGACAAUACACAGCAAAGUGGCAUUCUACCGUGGAAGAAGAAUCGUAGCUUGGACUAUUGCAACACUAGGAAGAGACACACAUACCUAAAGUGUCUAAGUGGACCCAGCAUAGACACACACGCUCUGACUACGUGAAAAUACAGUUUUUGAUUUCUCAGAGGAAAACACACACAGGGCUAGUUGAUUGGUCUCCAUACAGUGACAGUGUGUCUGGCCAGUACAGCACAAUGAAGCUGAGUGUGGCUCUGUUCUUCGCGGGGCUGUUUGGGGCUCUGGCAGCCAUGUUUGUCCUCCUCUCCUUCGGGACGGAUUACUGGCUUCUGGCUUCGGAGACAUGUGACAAAGAAACUAACGGAACUAUGGGAACUUGGGCCUCCGCCAUAGAGCGUCGUCCAGACACCACCUUCUACCACGAGGGCUUCUUUUGGAGGUGCUCCUUCAGGGGAAACCUGGACGACCACACCCUCUUGAAGUUCUGGAUCACCAAUCAGCCACAUGCCAAAGUUUGCACACACGCCUACCUCUUCCCCUUUCCAGUGUCUCAACAGACUCACAAUGCCACUGCAUAUGACUCUGCAAUCAUCUACAGAGGCUUCUGGAGUAUCUUCAUGCUAAUUGGUGUGGCUGCCGUCGUAAUGGGCGGGUUUUUUAUCAUCUGUGCUGCCCCAUUCGCCAGUCAUCGUCUAUAUAAGGCUGGGGGCGGCCUCUUCCUGAUGUCCGCUCUGUUCCUGCUGGGUGUGGUGUGGAUGUCUGUGCUGUGGGUGGAGUUGAUGGAUGUGGUGCAGUUCUACGUGGACCACCAGCGCUCCUCUUUGUGCACCACCUUCGACCUCACCAUCCACUACGGCCUGUCCUUCUUCUUCGCCCCCGUUGGCAUCUCCUUCUGCCUGCUGGCCGGACUCCUCUUCCUCCUCAUUGGCCGGUCCGUACAGAUGCAGUAUCACUGAUUGGUGUUACCGUGACGAUAGGGGGAGGCUUCCGAAACUCUGCAACAGGUUUAGGGCCAAUUCUAUUUCCAUUCCUUUAAUUCAGGAAGUCAACUGAAAUUCCAAUUCCACAUUCCUCUCAUAGAGAAGCAUUGAGAUACAAUUGAAUUGGAAUUUCAGUUUACUUCCUGAAUUUACUGAAUUUACAAAUAAUUGACCCCAACCCUGCUCUGUAGGAUGUGUUGAAAAUCUCUGCGUUCUGUCAAUCAUCCACCAAUGGAAUGAACUCUGUGUUGUCACUGAUUUGACUGGUCACAUUGACAUGUUUCAGUCACUGCCAGUGUUUGACAGAGUUCCACCUAAAGUGGAGUUCGGGAUCUAUUUAUUUUUUUAAAUGACACCCUAUACCCCCAUAUUAGUGCACUACUUUUCACCAGAGCCUUUAUAGGGAAUAGGGCACCAUUUGACGCGCAGACAAGUCCUAAAUUACCCAUCACUACAUGUUCUUCACAUGACACAUACAGUACUGGGAGACACAGGAUUGGUUGGUUGAAACGCGGCAGCGGAUGUUGGUGAUUUGCUUAUGCAGGCUGUCUGCAGUCACAUGUCAGAUGUUGCCGUAGCAGCGAGUAGGAAAUGACCAUGAUAAGGGAUCAGGAAGAGUGUUUUGUUUGGGAGUUGUUUCUCUUUGUAUUGGUAUCCUUAGUCAAAUGGUUUUUAGAAGGCUGCUACUGAGUGUGUUGAGUCGAACAAGUCACUUUAUAUGCUAUAGAUGUGGUUACCACUUUUAUAAAUGGAAAACAUGUGUAUUCCUUUUUCAACACAUUUUGAGAGGAAAUGUGAAUGCCUCAACGUGAUAGAAGCAUGCUGCGUGAAGAGUUAGAAAUAAGACAUAGAAGUGGAGAUUAGAUCAUCAUAAAGUGAUAUUAAUGAUCGGGGCAUUUCACUGUGUGAUUUUAAUAAGAUUUUGAUAUUCAGCCUUCUUGACACUGCACUGUCAGUUUAGUCCUUAUUUUUGGUCAAACCAGUCAAUCAGAUAUCUUAGUGCCUGCUGAGAAAAAUGUGUGUUAUAGUGAAUUAAUGGUAAUAUAAGAGCCAUAUAUUUAGAAUAUAUGAAAAUACUGUAUGGCUCUGGUUAAAAUGUUUGAGUAAAGGACUUGUUUGCUUUGUAAACACACUGAACAAAAAUAUAAACUCAGCAUGCAACAAUUUCUAAGAUUUUUCUGAGUUACAGUUCAUAUGAGGAAAUCAGUCAAUGUAAAUAAAUUCAUUAGGCCCUAAUCUAUGGAUUUCACAUGACUGGGAAUACAGUUAUGCAUCUGUUGGUAUCUGGUGUGACCACCAUUACCAUAACCCCACCGCCACCAUGGGGCACUCUGUUCACAAUGUUGACAUCAGCAAACCACUCACCCACACAACGUCAUACACGCUGUCUGCCAUCUGUCUGGUACAGCUGAAACCAGGAUUCCUCUGUGAAGAGCACACUUCUCCAGUGUGCCAGUGGCCAUUGAAGGGGAGCAAUUGCCCACUGAAGUCGGUUACGACGCCGAACUGCAGUCAGGUCAAGACCCUGGUGAGGACUACGAGCACACAGAUGAGCUUCCCUGAGAUGGUUUCUUCUGUUGUGCAAACCCACAGUUUCAUCAGCUGUCCGGGUGGCUGGUUGUGAGGCCGAUUGGACGUACUGCCAAAUCCUGUUAAACGACGUUGGAGGUGGCUUAUGGUAGAGAAAUUAGCAUUCAAUUAUCUGGCAACAGCUCUGGUUGACUUUCCUGCAGUCAGUAUGCCAAUUGCCUGCUCCCUCAAAUCAUCUGUGGCAUUGUGUUGUGUGAAAAAACAUUUUAAAGUGGCCUUUUAUUGUCCCCCAGCACAAGGUGCACCUGUGUAAUGAUCAUGUUGUUUAAUCAGCUUCUUGAUAUGCUACAUCUGUCAGGUGGAUGAAUUAUUUUGGCAAAGUAGAAAUGCUCACUAACAGGGAUGCAAACAAAUUUGUGCACAAAAUAUGAGAGAAAAAAGCUUUUUGUACGUAUGGAAUAUUUCUGGGAUCUUUUAUUUCAGCUCAUGAAAUACGGGACCAAUACUUUACAUGUUGCAUUUAUAUUUGUGUUCAGUGUAGUAGAUUAUUUAUCGAACAAUGUAAAUUACUACACAUGCAGGUUAAAACACUAAUAAAUGGAUAAAAUAUU